AAUGGGAUCUUACUGUAGAUUCAAUUUGACUUUUCUGUCCCCUGGUGGGAGGAGCUCCCCACUCCAGUCUGGACGGCCAGGUCCAAUAACUUACUGGAGGUGCAAUGCCUGAAAUGAAACGAAGGACAUGUCGCCUUCUGUGUUGUACAUGAAAUGCACUUAAAAACAGCAGCCUCAUGUCGGUACAUCCGGCGGGAAAUGUGGGACUUUGUGAUCAAAACCACAUAAAAGCGAUGAGAUGAUUAAACGAUGGAGAGGAAGUGAAGCAUCUGACCACACGAGCAGCGCUGGCAUGUUGCAACAGUCAGGAUGUUUCUGGUGUCCUGAUAGUGAGCGCCUGGAACUCUGCCAUGUAUUCAAUGUCAGGUUGAGACCCUUCAUCACAGGGCACCUGUCAGUGGGUGGGAUACAUUAAGCAGCAGGUGAACAUUGUGUCCCCACAGCUGACGUGUUAGAAGCGGGAAAAAUGGGCUUGCAUGAGGACUGAGUGACUUUGACAAGAACCACACCGAGAUGGCUAGACGACUGGGUCAGAACAUCUCCAAACCGGUCAGCACCUAUCAGAAGUGGUCCAAGGAAGGAAAAGCCGUGAACCAUGGACGGCCAAGGCGAAACUGCUGAAAAAGCUGAUGCUGGUUCUGAUAGAAAGGUGUCAGAACACAGAGCAGACACAGUGGCGUCCAGGUGCAAUGCAAGGAAAUAAUCUCCAGCUCUAAAAACAGUGACUAGGUCGUGACACUCCCUUUCAUUUCUGCAUGAGAUUUACUUCAUCUGUGUAUCAUUUAUUUCAUUUCAUUUAGCCAUUGAGGAAGAGCUGAAAAUUGAAACCUUCUGCCAAAUGUCAUGUCUCCACAAGAAUGAAUUUAGUUGUAUCUAAAUUUACAUAUUUCACCAAAUAGAUGCCUCAAAAUAUAAGUAUAUCAAUGUCAUGCACUAAGAGAAAACAGCCCAAAGUACAGCGUCGUGAUGGCCCAAAGUAGAGGCCAACAGGAAAUGGUAAAAAAACUAGAAAUCCCCCUCAGGGCUGGACCUGACUCCAAACCUUAUAAAGACAAGAUCAAGAGAGAGCACGUGAAGAAGACACACUGACAUGGAUCUCGGAGUGCUGAUUGUGUUUCUGUCGCUGUGGUGCUCAGGGCUCUGGACUGAAGUCCCACAUAGUUCCACUGCAGUGCCUGAUGAUGUCAGGCUGGUGGGAGGAGCCAGCCACUGUGCAGGUAACCUGGAGAAGAAACACCAGGGAGAGUGGAGAGCAGUGGAUGACCAGAUCUAUGCGUGGAACCUGACAUCGGCAGCUGUAGUGUGCAGACAGCUCAACUGUGGUUCUGUUGUUUCAUUACGAAGAACACAGGGUUCCUCUGUUGAAAUGAACGGGGUACUUGAAUUACCUGACUAUAUGCAGGGCUUGAGGCUGGCUAAAUCUUCAUCUCCCAGCCUGGAGAUCACCUGCUCAGAGUCUGUUAGGCUGGUUAAAGGGACUAGUCUGUGUUCAGGCAGACUGGAGGUGAAGUCUAACCUGUCCUGGUCCUCGGUGUGUGAAGCUGACUUUGACCUGCAGGAUGCAGAGGUGGUCUGCAGGGAGCUUGGCUGUGGGGCUCCUUCGGUCCUCCAGGGGGCGCAGUAUGGUGGAGUAGAGGCUCCAGUGUGGACCAGAGAGUUCCAGUGUGGAGGCCAUGAGUCUGCUCUCUGGGACUGUGGCAGCUCUGUUAGAAACACCUGCUCUUCUGGCAAAGCCAUUGAGCUCUCCUGCUCAGAACCUGGUGAUGUCAGGUUGGUUGGAGGAGCCGGCCGGUGUAGUGGCAUGCUGGAGAUUAAACAACAGGGCGAAUGGAAACCAGUGGCUGAGAGGGACUGGAACCUGAGGUUAGCAGGCGCAGUGUGUGGACAGCUGGACUGUGGCUCUGCUGUUUCCACCAGAAGAAUAAAGACACCCUCAUAUAGUAAACAUAUGUGGGGAAAGAAAUCUGACUGUGAUGCAUCUACAGUGAUGAAAUGUUUUACAAAACUUCUAUAUUCCUCUUCCGUCCUACAGAUAACCUGCUCAGAGUCUGUCAGGCUGGUUAACGGGACUAACCUGUGUUCAGGCAGACUGGAGGUGAAGUCUAACCAGUCCUGGUCUUCAGUGUGUGAAGCUGACUUUGACCUGCAGGAUGCAGAGGUGGUCUGCAGGGAGCUUGACUGUGGGGCUCCUUCAGUCUUCAAAGGGGGACUCUAUGGAGAAGUGGAGACUCCAGUGUGGAUGAGGACUCUCCAGUGUGAUGGCAGCGAGUCUGCUCUCCUGGAUUGUAGAAGCUCAGGCUCAGCCAGAAACACCUGCUCACCUGGCAGAGCGGUUGGACUCACGUGCUCAGACCCUGAUGAAGUCAGGUUGGUGGGAGGAGCUAGCAGUUGCACUGGUAGACUAGAGCUGAAGCACCAAGGAGACUGGAAAUCCGUGGACAACGUAGGCUGGGAUCUGACAGAAACAGCUGCAGUAUGUCGACGGCUGGACUGUGGAUCCUCUGUUUCAACAAUAAAGAAAAUGGAUUCCUCAGAACAACCUGUGUGGUGGAUCAACUCAUGCAUUCAGUCUAAAACUACACUGAAGGAAUGUGUGACAACAACGGAUAUGUCCAGCUAUUCCAGCCUGGAAAUCACCUGCUCAGAGUCUGUCAGGCUGGUUAAUGGGAGUGUCUGCUCAGGCAGACUGGAGGUGAAGUCUGACCUGUCCUGGUCCUCAGUGUGUGAAGAUGACUUUGACCUGCAGGAUGCAGAGGUGGUCUGCAGGGAGCUUGGCUGUGGGGCUCCUCUAGUCCUCCAGGGGGCGCUCUAUGGAGAAGCGGAGGGUCCGGUGUGGACCAGAGCGUUCCAGUGUGGAGGCCAUGAGUCUGCUCUUCAGGACUGUGGAGGGUCUGGCUCAGCCACAAACACCUGCUCACCUGGCAAAGCUGUUGGACUCACCUGCUCAGAUCCGGACAAUGUCAGGUUGGUGGGAGAGGCCAGCCGAUGCGCAGGUACGCUGGAGAUGAAAAACCACGGAGAGUGGAGACCAGUGGCAGACUGGGGGUCUGACUGGGACCAGACGUCUGCAGCUACGGUGUGCAGACUGCUGGAUUGUGGUUCUGCUGUUUCAACAACAGUGACGUAUGAUUCUCCAGACAGACUUGUGUGGUGGAUCAAGCCUUCCUGUGCCCAUUCGGCAGCUGCACUGUUGGAGUGUAUGAUGCUGACUGGUGUUAAUGAAACCUACACCGGCCUUGAAGUGGUAUGCUCAGAUAUUCUGGCUCAGCCAAACAUCUCCUUCUCUACCUACACUGACGGGGAUUCUGAGGCCAAGCAGCAGGGGCUUCAGGUGCUCACGGGCUCCACCUUCACCAUCGGCUGCUCCAUCCUGCCACAGUAUCCAGGAGGCUCCUUCCAGCUUAUCUUCACCAACUCCAACAAAACGCAGAACUACACCCUGUCAGCUGUCAAUCACUCUGCCCAUUUCCUGUUCUCUGCUGCAGACCACACCCACCAAGGGGACUACAGCUGUGUUUAUCACAUCUAUGUUUUCUCCCACAACUUCUCUUCUGAGAGCCAGCCACUCCAUCUCACUGUCUCAGCCUCUCUAAUAGAGUUGAUCAUCAGACUUGUUGUCCUCCAGCUGGGUAUGAUGUUACUUAUCACUGCCCUCUGCUUCAGCUACAAGGCCAGCAAAAACCAGAGGCUGGGACAAGGGAACACCACUGAGAUUAAUGAGUAUGUUCUUGGUGGUUCCAGUGCUGAAGGCUGGCUAGGUGAAGAGGCUAAAGCCCAGAGGAACGAGUAGUAUCUCUGAGGUGGUCGUUAUAAGAAUAUAUUGUUUUAUUUCUUCAACCGGCUUAAUGCUGCUGGAUAAAAAAGAUUCUUAUUGAGAAACUUUACCAUCUGACAUGUUAGAUGUGAAUAUACUGAUGUAUAAUAAUUAUACAACUGAAUUGUAAAUGCCAUAAAACUUUGAUUAACAGCCCGGGCUUUUAUUUUCUAGAAUCACUGAAUUGACCCCGCCUACAUUUGGCACAGACCUUUAAUUCCUCUCGCACAAAACUGAACUAGGCUGCUAUGAAACAGUUUUUAUACAAGUAAUAUUCUGUUUGAAAUAAAUAAACUAUCCAAUAAUAU